AUGCGUCUUAGAUCCCAACUACUACGCCAGGCGGAGGUGACGAAGGAAAGAAUCCUUCGCACGGGAACCAGCUACCUCAUCAUGGAUUUAUGGCACGAGGAUAUGACAGAAUGGGGAGACGUUUCUGGUUAUCAGCGGCAAGUCUGGCUCAAACGUAAGCGCGAUUACGCCUCUGGACCGAGAGCCAUCAUCGAGUUGAUUAAGAAUCAGUGUGAACUCCUGAACAUCGCGAUUGAAGACAUGAAGGCAACGUUGCAACGUCAGGAAAAGGAACUGACUGAACCAGUACGUCUCACGAGUUUCCAAGUACAGAGAAUCCUUAAGAAGGAAAUCGAGUCGUUGCAAGAGCAUAUCAACCACCGCUCGGAUGUAGACGUGCUAACGAAGAAAGUCGAGUCCCAAGGCGUGGAGAUUGCUUCCAUCAAGUCGAGCUUGGGGCCGUGGAAGUGGUCACUGCAUCGAGCAGAGUGA